GAGGGAAAGAGAGACAGAGUGAGGUGAGAGGUUAGAUACUUGGCUUGCGCGCACUCAGAUAAGAGAAAACUGAGAUCUGCCAGACAUUACAGAAAGGGAGGUGAUCAGCUGGUGUUCUGAGCUUGGAGCUUGGAGGUUAGGAGGCUGAAAGUCUGCUAUAUUGAGAGCAUAGUGUUAGGGUUAGCAGUAUAGUAGUGUUGAGUGGUCCAGAGCCAUGGAACAGGAGAAACUAGCCGUGUACCACGGAGCCAUCAGCAAAGAGGAAGGGGAGAUGAGGCUGUGGACGGCAGGACGGGACGGCAGCUACCUGAUACGCAACAGUGAGAGUCUAGCUGGGCUCUAUUGCCUCUGUGUGCUGUUUAAAGGCUAUGUGUACACAUAUAGGCUGUCCCUGGAUGGUGGAGGCUCCUGGACAGCAGAGACUGCUCCCGGCGUGGAGAAACGAUACUUUCGGAAAAUGAAGAACUUGAUAACAGCUUUCCAGAAACCAGGCCAAGGCAUUGCUACACCUCUCCUCUACCCCGUAACCAUGCAGAGUAACACGCACCCUGUCACCAAACAGAGUCAAACACACCUUGGUAGCAUGAAGGCACACACACACCCUAGCAGCCCGCCACCAACUCACACCACUGAGAAUCAUUACAAACAGUAGACAACAGCUAGAGACACAGAGAGAGAGACAGACUACGCUAGAGACAGACAUUCUUGAUGUGGGCCUGUAUUCUUGUGUUGUCACUGUGCUAGUCAUUAGU